AGGCGGUGGGGGGGAUCCAGAAGUAAUAAGAUGCUAAUGAAGCGCGAAUAAAGCCCCGGCGGCGCCCCGCGCCCCUCGCGGAAGCCACACUCCGCGGCACUCCAGGCGCACGCCGGGGGCCGCCCCGCGUCCCAGCAUCCCCGCCCGAUCUCGGCGUUUCCGACCCCGCCCUCCCACCCGCUCAGACAGGGUUACCAGCCCGGCAGGAAGCGGCCCGUCCCGGCCCCGGAACCGCCGCCACUUGCCUCUGCCCAGCUGCUGCCCUCCCCGGGAGCCCCAGGGAGGCCUCCAUGGCUUCACCCACCUCCACCAACCCAGCGCAUGCCCAUUUUGAGAGCUUCCUGCAGGCCCAGCUGUGCCAGGACGUGCUGAGCAGCUUCCAGGAGCUAUGUGGGGCCCUGGGACUGGAGCCCGGUGGGGGGCUGCCCCAGUACCACAAGAUCAAGGACCAGCUCAACUACUGGAGUGCCAAGUCACUGUGGACCAAGCUGGACAAGCGAGCAGGCCAGCCUGUCUACCAGCAGGGCCGGGCCUGCACCAGCACCAAGUGCCUGGUGGUGGGUGCCGGACCUUGUGGGCUGCGGGUCGCUGUGGAGCUGGCACUGCUGGGUGCCCGAGUGGUGCUGGUGGAAAAGCGCACCAAGUUCUCUCGCCACAACGUGCUCCACCUCUGGCCCUUCACCAUCCACGACCUGCGGGCACUUGGUGCUAAGAAGUUCUACGGGCGCUUCUGCACUGGCACCCUGGACCACAUCAGCAUCCGGCAGCUCCAGCUGCUUCUGCUGAAGGUAGUAUUGCUGCUGGGGGUGGAAAUUCACUGGGGUGUCACUUUUACUGGCCUCCAGCCCCCUCCCAGAAAGGGGAGUGGCUGGCGUGCCCAGCUCCAACCCAACCCCCUUGCCCAGCUGGCCAACUAUGAAUUUGACGUCCUUAUCUCCGCUGCAGGAGGUAAAUUCGUCCCUGAAGGCUUCAAAGUUCGAGAAAUGCGAGGCAAACUGGCCAUUGGCAUCACAGCCAACUUUGUGAACGGACGCACCGUGGAGGAGACACAGGUGCCGGAGAUCAGUGGUGUAGCCAGGAUCUACAACCAGAGCUUCUUCCAGAGCCUUCUCAAAGCCACAGGCAUUGAUCUGGAGAACAUUGUGUACUACAAGGAUGACACCCACUACUUUGUGAUGACAGCCAAAAAGCAGUGCCUGCUGCGGCUGGGGGUGCUGCGCCAGGACUGGCCAGACACCGAUCGGCUGCUGGGCAGUGCCAAUGUGGUGCCCGAGGCUCUGCAGCGCUUUGCCCGGGCAGCUGCUGACUUUGCCACCCAUGGCAAGCUCGGGAAACUAGAGUUUGCCCAGGAUGCCCACAGGCAGCCUGAUGUCUCUGCCUUUGACUUCACAAGCAUGAUGCGGGCAGAGAGUUCUGCUCGUGUGCAAGAGAAGCAUGGCGCCCGCCUGCUGCUGGGACUGGUGGGGGACUGCCUGGUGGAGCCCUUCUGGCCUCUGGGCACUGGAGUGGCGCGGGGUUUCCUGGCAGCCUUUGAUGCAGCCUGGAUGGUGAAGCGGUGGGCAGAGGGCGCUGAGCCCCUAGAGGUGUUGGCUGAGCGUGAGAGCCUGUACCAGCUUCUAUCACAGACAUCCCCAGAAAACAUGCAUCGCAAUGUGGCCCAGUAUGGGCUGGACCCAGCCACCCGCUACCCCAACCUGAACCUCCGGGCAGUGACCCCCAAUCAGGUACGAGACCUGUACGACGUGCUAACCAAGGAGCCUGUGCAGAGGAAUGACAAGACAGAUGCAGGGAUGCCAACCACCGGGUCGGCAGGCGGGUCGGCAGGCGGGUCGGCAGGCACCCAGGAGGAGCUGCUACGCUGGUGCCAGGAGCAGACAGCUGGGUACCCGGGAGUCCACGUCUCCGAUUUGUCUUCCUCCUGGACUGAUGGGCUAGCUCUGUGUGCCCUGGUGCACCGGUUGCAGCCUGGCCUGCUGGAACCCUCAGAGCUGCAGGGGCUGGGGGCUCUGGAAGCAACUGCCUGGGCACUAAAGGUGGCAGAGCAUGAGCUGGGCAUCACACCGGUGGUGUCUGCACAGGCCGUGGUGGCAGGGAGCGACCCACUGGGCCUCAUUGCCUACCUCAGCCACUUCCACAGUGCCUUCAAGAGCACGGCCCACAGCCCAGGCCCUGUCAGCCAGGCCUCCCCAGGGACCUCCAGUGCUGUAUUAUUCCUUGGUAAACUUCAGAGGACCCUGCAGCGGUCCCGGGCCAAGGAAAAUGCAGAGGAUGCUGGUGGCAAGAAGCUGUGCUUGGAGAUGGACGCCGAGACCCCAAGUACUGAGGUGCCACCUGACCCAGAGCCUGGUGUACCCCUGACACCCCCAUCCCAACACCAGGAGGCUGGUGCCGGGGACCUGUGUGCACUUUGUGGGGAACACCUGUAUGUCCUGGAACGCCUCUGUGUCGACGGCCAUUUCUUCCACCGGAGCUGCUUCCGCUGCCACACCUGUGAGGCCACACUAUGGCCAGGUGGCUACGAGCAGCACCCAGGAGAUGGACAUUUCUACUGCCUCCAGCACCUGCCCCAGCCAGACCACAAAGAAGAAGGCAGUGAUGGAGGCCCCGAGAGUCCGGAGCUCCCCACACCAAGUGAGAAUAGCAUGCCACCAGGCCUCUCAACUCCCACAGCCUCGCAGGAGGGGGUCGGUCCUGUUCCAGAUCCCAGCCAGCCCACCCGUCGGCGGAUCCACCUCUCCAGCCUAGAGCGCCAGCGGUUGUCCUCCCUUAACCUUACCCCUGACCCGGAAAUGGAGCCUCCACCUAAGCCCCCCCGCAGCUGCUCCGCCUUGGCCCGCCACGCCCUGGAGAGCAGCUUUGUGGGCUGGGGCCUGCCAGCCCAGAGCCCUCAAGGUGCUGGAGGCAGUAGAAUUUCUCAGUUCUUCUUCUCAGCUCUUGCGGCCAUGGAGAAGGAGGAAGAAGAGAGUUCCUCCUCCAGUGAAGAGGAAGAAGAUGUACCUUUGGACUCAGAUGUGGAACAGGCCCUGCAGACCUUUGCCAAGACCUCAGGCACCAUGAAUGACUACCCAACAUGGCGUCGGACUCUGCUGCGCCGUGCGAAGGAGGAGGAGAUGAAGAGGUUCCGCAAGGCCCAGACCAUCCAACGGCGACUAAAUGAGAUCGAGGGUGCCCUGAGGGAGCUAGAGGCCGAAGGCGUGAAGCUGGAGCUGGCCCUGAGGCGCCAGAGCAGUUCCCCAGAACAGCAAAAGAAACUAUGGGUAGGACAGCUGCUACAGCUCGUUGACAAGAAAAACAGCCUGGUGGCUGAGGAGGCUGAGCUCAUGAUCACGGUGCAGGAGUUGAACCUGGAGGAGAAACAGUGGCAGCUGGACCAGGAGCUACGAGGCUACAUGAACCGGGAAGAAACCCUAAAGACAGCUGCUGAUCGGCAGGCUGAGGACCAGGUCCUGAGGAAGCUGGUGGAUUUGGUCAACCAGAGAGAUGCCCUCAUCCGCUUGCAGGAGGAGCGCAGGCUCAGCGAGCUGGCCUUGGGGAUAGGGGCCCAGGGCUAGAAGAGGGUGGACUGUCUGCUUUCGUUCUCACAAGGAAAACACCUCACCCCAGCACAGUGCCACCCCUGUUCAUCUGGGCUGCCUGGCAGAGAGCCUUGCUGUUUACAAUUAAAAUGUUUCUGCCACAAA